AUGCCUUCAAACACCCCCACAAUCCUUUUGCUAGGAACGUGUGACACCAAACUCCCAGAACUCCUCUAUACAAAAGCCCAAAUCGAAUCCAACAACGCCACAGCCCUUUUGAUGGACAUCGGCCGCAACCCAACCACCCAUGAGGAAAUCACCAUCCCCCAAAGCGCCUUAACCAACGCCUCGCCCUCCUCAACCCCAAUCCCGGAUCUAGCAACCCUCCCGCGGGCCGAGUAUAUAACCACACUGACACCCUACGCCACGAAAAGUGUAACCCACCUCCACGAAUCCCACCAAAUCCACGGGAUCCUUGCCAUCGGCGGCUCAUGCGGCACGGCACUCGGGGCAGCAGUCAUGCGGAACGCGCUACCAGUUGGAUUCCCCAAACUACUAGUAUCAACCAUGGCGUCAGGGGAUGUGGGACCGUACAUCGGCGAAACAGAUAUUAGCAUGAUGUACAGCGUUGUCGAUAUUGCGGGCCGGAACCGCGUUUUGGAAGGUGUUCUUGAUAAUGCUGCUGGGGGCAUUGCGGGGAUGGCGAGUGCGUUUUUGAAACGAGAGCAGGGUGAGAAGGAGAAGAAGGCCGACGAAUCUUCCCGGGUGAAGAUUGGUAUAUCCAUGUUUGGAGUUACGACGCCUGGUGUUACACGCGCUCGGGAACGUCUUGAGGAAGUCCUGCCCAGCUGUGAGGUUUAUGUCUUUCAUGCUACGGGGUCUGGAGGGAGGGCUUUGGAGAGGCUUGUGAAGGAGGGGCAAAUUGAUGCGGUGCUUGAUUUGACGACUACGGAGAUUGCGGAUGAGGUUGUGGGUGGGGUUCUUAGUGCUGGGGCUGGACGUUUGACUGCGGCUACGGUGCGGGAUAUUCCGAGGGUUGUUAGUGUUGGGGCGUGUGAUAUGGUUAAUUUUGGGGAGGUGGGGAGUGUCCCACCUGUUUUUCGGGAGGCGGGGAGGUUGUUCCAUGAGCAUAAUGCCACUGUUACGCUUAUGCGGACUACUAAGGAGGAGUGUGUGAAUAUUGGGGUGUUUAUAGCAGGAAACUUGUUGCGGGAUCCGAAAGAUCAAGGGCAAUUGAGACGGACGAAGGUGGUUCUGCCUGUUGGUGGGGUGAGCAUGUUGGAUGUUCCUGGUCAGACAUUCCAGGAUACAGAGGCAGAUGAGGCAUUGUUUUCAACUUUGGAGAAGGAAUUGGAAGGCAGUGGGAUAUCAGUCGUGCGAGAUUCGCGUGACAUCAAUGAUCCUGACUUUGCUGUGGCGGUAGCAGAUGAACUGGUGAAAUUGAUCUACGGAGAAUAG